AUGCAUAUAGUUGUAACAGCUGCUCUUAUAAUUUUGGUGGCUCACCUGGUCUUGGGGGUGAUACUUUGGCUUCGAGUGCGCAAGAUAUAUUGUUAUCCUGGACUAUUGGGUUUUCCUGUCUUCGGAAACCUCUACUACUUCUACAAAACUCUGUUACCAAGCAAUAUGGACUAUAUGGUCAAUACUUUGGACGUAAUGGCAAAACAACAUGGAAAAGAUGGAUUGUGUUUCUGUUGGACUAGUGGCUACAAGCUGACGGUGUUAAUCACAAGUCCACAUAUUACAAAGGAAAUAGGAUUUCAUCCCAAUCUCGCUGAUAAACCUGCUUUCAUGUAUGGAGGGUCUACUCCCUACAUCGAAGGAAUUUUUAACAGCGAACGUGCGGAUGAUUUAUGGAAACUUAAAAGAAAGGAAUAUAGCAUUUUUUUGAAAAAAACAAGUGUAGACAGAGACUACUUCAAUACUUUUAUUAAAUGCAGCGAUAAAAUGAUCGAUUUUAUGUUGGCUUCGCCCUCAGCGGCUGAUAUACAUCAUGCAACCAUUUCACUUAUGCUAUACACUUCUCUGAGAACCCUAUUUGGUAAUGAAACCAGUUUAAUUUCCCAUCCCAAAAAUCUCAAACUUAUAUUAUGGAUGAACAAUUUAAUAACUUACAUUAUGGUUAAUCCGAGAUUAGCAGCGCUAUUUUUAAGUAUUUUUCGACGAGUAGACGGAUUGUUCUUUCCAAAAGGAGCUGAGUUGAGGACUUGGAUUUUGGAAAAUUCAAUUAAAACAGUUAAAUCAAGCAAGGGUCCUACACCAGAUAAAGAAAAGAACCUGUCACUGCAGAUUACAUCAAGAUCAUUGAAGUGUAAUAAUAGUAUAAACGUCUUGAUAAAGGAGCUACAGGAAUUGUUCUUGAUAUCCACGCAUACUCUUACUGGUGCUUUGGCGAGCUCGAUAAUUUUUUUAGCGAUUCAACCUGAUAUGCAAGAAAAAGCUUGGAAAGAACAACAUGAAAUAUUUGGUAAUGAUGAAAGAGAUCCAACCCUUGAAGAUAUGGAACGAAUGGAGUUCUUAGACAGGUUCAUAAAAGAAUCUUUGAGGUUUGCCGGCCCUUCAUUUUUAGGAAAGUUGGCUACUGGAGAUAUAAAUAUAAAUGGAAUUACAAUUCCUGAAGGGGCUGGUGUAGUUUUUCUAAUUAGAUGUAUGAGGAUGGAUCCAGAAUACUGGAAGAACCCAAAAGUUUUCGAUCCGGAUCGAUAUCUGGAUGAAGAUGAGACAUCGAAGCUUUGUUAUGCACCCUUUGGAGUUGGUGUACGAGCCUGCCCUGCUAAUUAUUUUUCAACAAAGCUGAUGAAAGUUACUUUAUCAAAAAUAUUGAGAAGAUUAAAACUUAGACCUGUUGAAGAAAAUUUUCGAUUCGAAGAUAUCAAAUUUGAGUGUGCCGUUAUGACUGAAAUCACGAAUCCUCCUCUGCUGAAAAUCGAAGAAAGAGCAUAA